AUGUCUUCAAUAAGGUGGGUCACUUCAGGUCCUCAGUUCUGGGUCACUAUCUCCUCAUCCGUGAGUGAACAAAAAAUUUUGUUCGCUCGUGGAGUAGGUUUAAUUUGUUUUUAAAAAUCUAUAUAUAAGUUUUAUAUUAAAUUCGAAAUUUAAAAAAAUCUUAAUUCGGAAAGCAAAAAUUAAGCAGAGUUAGCUUGAGAUUGCAUUAUAUUAAUUAUCACUAUAUCAAAAUAUUUUUCAUAAAGCCUUUUGUUUGCUAACGGAGGGUUGGCUUUUGAAUUUUUUUUAAUUGCAUUGUUCGCUCACGGAUGGGGUAGAGUAAGCUACUGCAAAAGCAAGGGAUUGGCAUGAGUACUAAUGGAAUAUGAAAAGCAGCAGAAGAAGAGAAAAUCCAAGACUUAAUUCCAUCAAAGAACUUUUUAAAAAGAAAAGUUAUAGCCAGAAUGUAUGGAGCCGGCUGCAUUUAUAGUGUUUUCUUAUGGAUGGCGCUGUUUGGCCUUAAUUUUCCCACUGGCAAAAUUUUUGGUUUGACCAAACCAUAUGGUACUGGUCGAACCAAAACAUUUUUCCAGUGGGAAAAUCAAGGCCAAACAGCGCCAUCCACAGGAAAUUGCAAUACAAAGCAAAAGCUGAAGACCUCCAGGCAAAAAGAUUAACAAGAGACGGAUGGAAGCUAAAUCCAGUAAAAGCAUUUAAGUUCAUUCAUCCAGAUCUUCGUGGGGAUAUCAAGCUUGAAUAG